AUGGUGAAGUAUCUCGCCAUCUGUUAUCCAAUGAAAGGCCAGAUAACUACCAGAAUUGCCAGGAAGAUGGUUCUCUUCAUCUGGAGCUUUUCAUUCUUGAUAUCUCUGCCUUGGGCUGUACACUUUUCUCUCACUCCUCUUGCUCCCGAUCUUCCCGAGGUGGAGCUGUGUGUGGAGAUGUGGCCUCACUCGUCCUCGGAGCUACUCUACUUCAUCUUGGCCAACCUGGUGCUCUGUUAUCUUCUUCCACUCUGUCUGAUCACGGCCUGCUACGUGGGAAUCUGGAUAAAAGUUUGGAGGAGACACAUUCCGGGCGAAACCGAUGGAAACGCUCGAGUUAGCAGCGUUAUCCAGCGCUCCAAGCUGAAAGUGGUGAAGAUGAUGCUGAUUGUAGUAAUCAUUUUUGUAAUGUCGUGGUUACCUCUCUACAUAAUAUUCACCAGGAUAAAGGUCGGAGGAGACAUCGAGCCAAACAGUCUGGAGGAGAACGUCCUCAUCAUUGCUGCUCCUAUUGCACAGUGGUUGGGCUCUUCCAAUAGCUGUAUCAAUCCAGUUCUUUAUGCUUUCUUAAACAAGAAAUUUCGUAAAGGGUUUAAAGCCAUCGUAAAGAGUAAAAAGUGCUGUGGAACACUUCGGUACGAUAGUGCCUCAAGUGUCAUUUUAACCACCCGAGCUGUAACACUUAGGAGUACAAAUAGGCUUAACGAGUCGUUGCUCACAUCAACGGUGUAG